AUGGCCCCUCUCAAACCUUUCCAUGCCGAGCACAUGGGCUCUCUUCUCAGACCCCAAGCCCUUCUCGAUGUAAGAGAGCAGAUCCGUGAAAAGGGUCUCACCCCAGAAAAUGCAGGUCUCGAAACCGUGGAGACAGAUGCUGUCAAGGACGUUGUCAAGAUGCAGCAAGAACUAGGCUUCAAGGCUGUCACCAGUGGCGAGUUCACCAGAACUCGAUUCUGGGGAUUGAUGUGGGAUGAAUUUGAGGGCACUACCCAGCUUCAGGACGCUGACGCCAGUCUUUUUCGUCUGUACCAUCCUGACGUAGUGAGUCUGAUCGAGAAGGAUCGCCAGGUCAUGCCUGGCGACUCUGUCAUUGCAGGAGGCAAGCUCUCCCACAACCCUGAGAAGUCUGUCUCCAACUUGCACGAGUUGAAGCUUGUACAGCAGUUUGUGCCCAAGGAGCAGUGGGGUUCUAUCAAGCUCACCAUGAUUACUCCUGCUUGGUUCCACAUGCGUUACAAGCAGGGCAAAGCAUACUCUACUGAGGCGUACAAGAACGACGAGGAGUACUUUGCCGAUGUUGCCAAGGUUUACCAGGCGGAGCUUGAUAUGCUAUACAAGGCGGGUCUGCGCAACGUUCAGUUCGACGACCCCGGCAUGGCUUACUUUUGCAGCCAAAAGUUCCGUGACGGCUGGGCUGCUGACUCCGACAACAUCGGCACUGUCGAUGAUCUCCUAGACGCUUACAUCAAGCUUUACAACGACUCUCUGUCCAAGGUUCCCUCAGACAUGCACACUGGUAUCCAUCUCUGCCGUGGUAACUUUAUUGGUGGCCGUCACUUUGCUGAGGGCAAGUACGACAUCAUCGCUGAGAAGCUCUUCCGUGACUUGAAUGUCAACACCUUUUACCUGGAAUACGACACUGAGCGCUCUGGUGGUUUCGAGCCUCUCGAGUUUCUACCCAAGGACAAGACCGUUGUUGUUGGUGUCAUCAGCACCAAGCUGCCUCAACUCGAGGACAAGGAGGAGAUGAAGAAGAGAGUUUUGAGCGCGGCGGAUUGGGUUGCCAAGGGCACUGGCGAGAGCCAGAAGGAGGCCCUGCAGAGAGUUGCUGUCAGCCCUCAGUGCGGAUUCUCAACCCAUGAGAGUGGUUAUCCUCUCAAUCUUGACGAGGAGAAGAAGAAGUUGGCGUUGGUUAGGGAGAUCGCUGACGAGAUCUGGGGUGAGGCCUAA